AUGCUAGAGGAUCUAACUAUCAAGUUACCUCUUGUGGAUGCGAUCCAGAUGAUACCUUCUAUGCGCAACUUGAUGAAAGGGUUAAUCUCUGGCAAGGUAACUGGAGACAGUGAACUAUUUGUGGUUUCAAAAGAAUGCACUGCGGUACUUCAGAACAAGCCGAUUAAUAAAUUGGAUGAUCCAAACAAGUUUGUUCUCUCCAUACAAAUUGGGAGAACCAUAUUCGCUUGUUCUCUAUGCGAUCUGGGUUCCAGUGUCAAUCUUAUGCCUUACUCCGUGGCAAAACGAAUGGGCUUCACAGACUUCAAGCCGACGACAAUCUCCCUGGUGUUCGCCGAUAGAUCAGUCAAGUCACCGGUGGGUACUCUGGAAGACCUUCAUGUCCGAGUGGGUAACAUAUUUGUUCCGACAGAUUUUGUGGUUCUGGAGGUUAAAGAAGAACCGAGAGAUCCACUCAUCCUAGGUCGUCCUUUCUUGUGCACAGCUGGUGCGAUCAUUGAUGUUCGACAAGGAAGGAUUGAUCUUCACAUAGGAGACAUUGCGAUGAACUUAGAAAUGAACAAAUUGCUGAAGAAACCGAUGUUAGAUGCAUAG